AAUGGGUGUACCGGCACCCAAUGCCCACCCAUCAAUGGAAGAAAGAGUCAUUUCGAAUUUCAUGUGGAGACUGGAGCGUAUAGACCCAAGACUCGUCUCAACAUGACAACAUGGGUGUGGAUUGAGUCAGACAUGGGUCGAUUGGAUCAGGUCUAGUCUUUUAGUUGGACCUAAUUUUUGUUAAAUUUUUUCAGUAAAUAAUUCUUUUUUAGAUUUAAAUUAUUAAUUUCGAGUGGGUGAAAUCGAGUCUUUGAUAUAAACCCUAAAUUUUUGUGAGAUUUAAAAUUCCUUUUUCCUUUUUCCUCUAAACUUAUCAAACUACCUGACUUUAAAAUAAUUAUUUAUUCAUAGAUGUUCCAUUGGUAAAUGAGCUAAAGCCUGCCCAACCUAUAAAAAUGGUGUAACAGCUAAACCCUACCGUCCUGCCCGACCCCCAAAAAAAAAAAAGUACGGAAGAGCUCAAACCCCGCCCGACUCGUGCCUUUCCCAAUUUCAAUACCCUAACUCUGACCUUGGAUUUGAUUGACCAAAAGAAAAACCCGAUCCCUAAUCUCGAACUCAAAGCAACCUGAACUCCAGAAAAAAGCGAGUUAGUAAUGGAUUCCGCAACAACGACGGCAGCCGGGGACAAACCCAUCAUUGUUCAAGCUAUGGCUCGAGUCGGUAAGGAGGUGGUGUUGAGGAAUAUCUGGUUGAUCAUCAGAUGCGACCCUCAGGAAGGAAUCUUCGAAACUUUCAAUGGCAUAGGGCCGCCGGAAGAUAAGGAACGCUUUGGAAGUACUCUUCUGGGGACAAGUUCUAUCUUUGUCAAAUCCUCCUUGUAUGCAGUUGGUGGCCGAAAGCCCAACAGUGAUGAGGUGAGCAGUUGCAUCCGCUAUCUUGACACCAAUAAGCUUUUGGAGGGCUGGAAGGUCGGCACCCUACCAUCUUCUUCUUUUGAUUCUGUCCUUGGCGUUUAUGAUGAUUCCAUAUACAUACUUCCCGGUAUGUGGAAAUAUGGUUAUUAUGGCAUGGACGAGGAUACGUAUCGUACAGAACAAAGGGGCUACAUCUGGAACACCACAGACAAUCAAUGCCGUCAAGACAGAAUACGCCCUCCAGAAGAUGGUGGAGAGAGGCAGUGGCGUAGGAUUCGUGCUUGUGCUGCUUUGGAUGGACAAGGGCUUCUAAUUGCUAUGGAUGGAGAGAAGAACAACUUCUUUCUCUAUGACCAAGAGAACAAGGAUUGGAAGAGUUAUUAUAUUGAGGAUCCACUUCCCAAAUUUUUUGGUGAGACUAGCUUUGCAGCAUCCAAUGGGAGACUGUACAUCUUGGAGGUUCCAAGUAUGUUCCCUGCCUUCUUAUACAUCUAUGAUAUUGAGAAAAGGAAGCUCGUGAUGGCCAAAAUGCCUAUUCCGAAUUUUGAUGAUGACCUGUGGUCAAUGGAUAAGUGGGAUAGAGUGGUCCGCCUAGUUUCCGUGGCUGAUGACAAGCUUUGUUUUUUGUGGCUUGGUCCAGUUACUUAUGAAAAUGAAGAUAUGUGGCAUCCUGUUCGAAUCCUUCACUAUCUCAAGGUUAAAUUUUCCAUCAAUCCUAAUCCUUCUAAUUCAGAGGUUGAGGUUGAGGAUGAUAAAGGUUUUCACACAAACAUCACUAAGUUAUUAUAUUGCUUGCCAGGUAGUUACCCUGAACAAUUUGAAGCUGAAUUGGAAGGCAGAUCUCCCCUCUACCUCCAGCUUGAUGCAUCUCAAAAACAACGGACAGACAAUUCUUCCACAGAAGAAAUAGGAACAAGCUUGAUUUCUGGCAAACAAUUUCAAAAUCAAGCGAAGGACAUUGCUUCCCCUAUAGAAAAAGUAAAAAGAAAAAGGACUCAGCUUGUAGAUCCACCAUUAUCACGUCACGAACAGAAAAGGGCUAAGGACAGGGAAUGGAGGUUAAAAAGGAAGACUCAAAUGGCAGAAUUAAAGAAAAAAUUAGAACAAUUAGAGAAAGAUAGUGUGGACUUUCGGUUUGAGGCUCACUUAAGUGAAGCUCGGCUUAAGGCGGAAGUAAGUGAAGCUCGGCUUAAGGCAGAAGUAAGUGAAGCUCGGCUUAAGGCAGAAGUAAGUGAAGCCCAGCUUGAGGCGGCGGCAGUAAGGGAAGCCAAGCUUGAGGCGGCAGUAAGGGAAGCCAAGCUUGAGGCGGAAGUAAGAGCUUUGAAGAAGGAAGUAAGAGAUCUUAAGUGGGAAGCUGGGUUUCAGGGGCAAAUAAGGGAAGUGGAGAAGCAUCAAAAUAGAUUUGACAAAUUGCAGGUUUCGCAAGGAGGUGAAUGGGGAAAGAAUGAAGAACCGAGUUCCACAAUAUAUGAAACUGUCAGUCCAUCAGAAGUACCAAAGCAGCAACAUCUCGAGGCGGAAAAAAGGAAAGCCGAGCUUGAGACGGAAGUAAGGAAAGCCGAGCUCGAGGCGGAAAAAAGGAAAGCCGAGCUUGAGGCGGAAGUAAACGAAGCUUGGUUUUACAGGCAGCUAAGCGAAGCGGAGAAGCAACUUACUAGAUUUGACAAAUUGCAGGUUUCGCACAGCGGUGAACAUGGAAAGAACGAAACACCGAGUUCCACAAUACAUGAAACUAUCAGUUCGUCAGAAGUACCGAAGCAGAAACUUGUAAAGGUUAAUGAGCCUGUAUCACAUUUGAAAAACCGUAAGUAAAGAAAAGUACAUAUGUUUAUGAGCUCUACAUACUCAUUCCUCCUGCAAUAGGAUGAGGCAAAAAUAACGGAAGCUCCACUUGAGGUGAAAACGCUGAAAGCUCAGCUUGAGGAGGCAACGGGUUUAAUGAAAGCUCAGCUUGAGGCGGCAGCGGAUUCAAUGAAAGCUCAGCUUAAGGCAGCAAUGGAUUCAAUGAAAGCUCAGCUGAAAGCUCAGCUUGAGGAGGAAGUAGGUCAGCUUUCGGCGGAAAUAAGAGAUUUGAGGGAGGUAGUAAGGGAAAUGGAUAAGCAUCAAAAUAGAUUUGGCAAAUUGCAGGUUUCGCUUGGGGGUGAAUGGACCAAAUUGCCGCUAUUGAACCAAGUUUUUCCUACAUGCAAUGAGAAGCAGAAAAACUUGUACAACUCCUAUUUGUAAAAAUGCAAUUUGGUUACGAAUUGCCAAGACCCCUCACUUUUUUGUACCUCAUACUAGUGGAUGCAUUGCUCCUGAUAAAAGAUCAGGUAGUAU